UUUGUGUCGACAGUACAAAAUGCCAAGAAGAAAAUAUUCGAAAAAGGCACGUCAGGUGCAGUCAAAAACCGAGCGUAUAAUGGCUGAAAGCAAGGAAAAUCGCGAAGAGGUUCUUACAUGCCCGAUAUGUGUGGACAAAUUCCGGAAACCAGUAACGUUACCUUGUCAGCACAGUUUUUGCAGAGAGUGUAUUGCUGUGUAUGCUGACAGGUCUAAACCUGGACAGACAGAUGAGGUCACCUGCAGCACCGGGAGUGAGGGUGUUGAUCAACUGAUCUCAUGCCCUGUAUGUCGGACACCAACCAGUCUGGGGAGAGAAGGUGUGGCUGGUCUGCCUCCCAACUUUCAUCUGGCAGAAAUAGUGGAGAGGUUCUCUUCUGCUGUUAAGGUUGAGGAUGACAUCCCAUGUUGUUCUCUGUGUGGGGAGGAUAAUCAGGCUAAAGCUGUCAAGUUUUGUACCAACUGUUCUUUACUGUAUUGUAAAGACUGUCUGGCUUCUUUUCAUCCCAUGAUGGGUGCUAUGAAGCGUCACCAGCUGGUUUCGUCCCUGGAGUAUCUCGCCCAGGAAACCACACAGCGACAGGUCAGUGGGGAUGAUCAAUCAACUCAGCAGCCGUCAUGCCCCAGACACGGUCGGUCAUUCGACUUGUACUGUGAACCGUGUCGAAUGGUGAUUUGUACGGGUUGUGUGGUUGAACAUGCGGGACACGCUAUGCGAGAUGUACCAUCUGCAGCUGAGAAAGACAAGCCAGCUGUUUUGAGCAGGACAAGUGAACUGGAGAAUAUCUUACUAGAAACCAAAGAAUCACUGUCAGGAGUUAGGAGGCUGCACAAUAUGAUACAGGAAAACCAGGAGCUUCACACUCAGGAAGUAGAAAAGGCUUAUUGUGCAGCCUUGGAAGAAUUACAAGCCUGGAGGCAACACUCCUUAGACGGCAUAAGAACCCGCUAUUCACAGUGGAGUGUGGAGUGUAGUGCUAUACUCAAACAUUUCCAGCUACAGGCCCAGGAAAUGGAGAGGAUGGUACCGACUUCCAGUGAUUUAUUAGCAUCAGUGGGCGUGGACUUUUUGCACGGUUCCACAGACUUCACCAAAACAACUGAUGACCAACUGAAUGGGAUAAGAGCAGAUCUGGAGAAACAUGAGGUCAGCAGACAGAAGCUUCUAGCUUCUGUACAACAUGACCAAGUUGUUCCUAGACAGGUGACUGUAAAAGAGACAAUGCAAGAAUGCCAGGACUUAGAAGCAGCAGUCGGUGGACAAAUAUCUCCCCUACGUGUUACAAAGCCGACGAUGAGAUUCACAGAGACAGACGACAGUGAGCUGAGAAUCACUGACAUCAGCUCUGUGGUAAAGAGUGAGGGCUUGACCAGGGUGUUUAUGUGGAGGAGAGUUGUGACAGACGGGCGUUACCAGACGGGCAGGUACUACUGGGAGAUACACAUCACCUGUUCAGAUAGCUGUACCUGUCGUGUAGGAGUGACACAGGAGAGCUGUGAUGUCAGUGAGACAAAACAUGGCCGUAACACCUGGUACAUUGGGAUGGUGUACUAUGGUGAUGUGGUCUGGUGUCAUAAUCUCCACGGAGGUGAGAUCAAACCUGGCUAUCGAGAGCACAGACGUUACACACGACCUCAUCACCUGGGUGUGUACCUGGACUGUGAUGACCAGUCACUGACAGUCCUGGACUGUGACAACAACCAGGUAAUAUACACUGUUAGUGGUGUUGUCGUCACAGAGCCUCUCGUGCCAUGGGUUGGGUUUCAUGUCUGGUCUGGACCUGUGUCUGCUCGUCUGGUAACGGGUGACUCUGCAACUCUGCCUCAAGUUCUCCGUGAUAUGAUAAGCACUUCCUGA